UCGGUCCACUGCUACCUGCUGCCUUCUGUCAUGUUUUGUCAGGUCAUUUUUAUUCAAUAUGUCAAAAUAUGCUUAAUAAUAUGCAGAUGGAAACCCAGCUGAUGACUUUCUUUUCCUUUUUGUGUUACAACGUAAUUUUUUCUUUGCUUUUGGGAAACUAAAGCCUGGUACACAUUUUUCUGAUCACACACCAUCAAAUUGCAGAAGAGUCACAGGUGUGUUUCCACAAGCAACUGUAAUAUGAUAACAAGGCUUGCAGAAACACCCAGCGUUUGCCAGGUAAAUCGAAACUUACAGUGCACCUGUGAGGUGUUUGAACAAAGCCAGCUCCAUAGCGGUUUGUGACCAGUGGCUCUCUGUUCUUGACCGUCCUGCACUGUAUCCAGAUGGCCUACCAACAACCUUACCUGCAUCCGAGACUCCCCUUUACGGGCUGCAUCCAGGGAGGCCUGUAUGAAGGGAAGACCAUCACUCUGACUGGCAGAGUCCUCCCAGGAGCGGAGAGGUUUCAUGUGAAUUUUCAAUGCGGUACUGUGGGGUCAGCCGACAUAGCCCUCCACUUCAACCCACGCUACAGCAGAAACUCGGGAUUCGUGGUUUGCAACACUCUGCAGAAUUCAUCCUGGGGCACGGAGGAACGGAGCCGCCAGAUGCCGCUGCCCCGAGGGUCCGGCUUCAUCCUCACCUUCCUGGUCAACCGUGACUCCUACACGAUAAUCGUAAAUGGAGCCCAUUUCAUGGAAUACUUGCACCGUCUCCCUGUUUCCCGCGUGAAUGCGCUCUCAGUGGAUGGGGGUGUAGAGAUUGACUCCAUUGCUUUCCAGAACCCAGCUACCUCCUGUGUCCAGCAGACCUCCUGUGUCCCACAACUUGGCUUUCUAUACCAGGGGCAGAGGGGCCAAAGCAAAGCAUCCGGUCGUAAACCACGGGCCCUACAAAAGCAGCACUUUGCAGGCCUGUCCCAGGCACCUCCUCCAUACAGCCCUCCACAAAAUUACGCUAUGCCGUACAAAACAAUCAUGCAAGGUGGACUUUACCCUGGAAAAACGAUCAUCGUCCAGGGUUUUAUCAACCACGAUGCAGACAGGUUCUGCAUCAACCUGCGCUUUAACUCUGGCCUUGCGUUCCACUUCAACCCGCGGUUCAGUGAAAACGCAGUGGUGCGCAACAGCCUGCUGCAGGAUAGGUGGGGUCCUGAGGAGAAGACGGGGGGCAUGCCCUUCUACAGAGGCCAGCCCUUCUCGGUGACCAUCGUCUGUGACACUCAGUGCUACAGGAUCAUGGUCAACGGCAUCCAGAUGUUCACCUACAACCACCGUUAUUUCCUGCUUCAGCAGAUUGACAUCCUGGAGGUUGAAGGCAACGUUAGCCUCAACUCUGUGUCAGCGUAAGGUCUGAUGCUCGUCCAGGGGCUGAUGUUUUGUGUGAAAAUUGGCUCUUUAUCAAUAAUCGAUUAGUUUAUAUGGAACCAUAAACACUCAAAGAACCCUUUGCAUGAUUAAAUGGUUUCUUUGCAUGGUGAAAGGGUUCCUCAGAUUGAUGGAGAAUG